GCGUGUGCUCGGCACGAACAACAAUAAGAAUCCCCGCAGCAGGCGACGUGAAUAUUCAUGAGAGGCAUCAUCGCCUCGAGGCUCCUCGGCGCGCCUAUAAAGAGGCGGGCGGGCGGGCGCGCCACGCGAACUGCUGACGACGCCGCGAGUCGGGAGAGAGAGCGGCGCUGAUGAUGAUGAUGAUGACCACCAGCUCCCGCUGGUGGAGACCCUGGGAGUCGAGGGACAUCACUCGCCAGCAUCAAGACGCGCGGCACGCUGAAGAUUCCCAGAGUCAGUCCGCGCCGCCGGCUAAAGCAGCAAAACUCUGUUCUGGAUUCCAACACCCAGUGAAGAUCAUGUGGCCAAAGUCGAAGACGUUCGACUACCUCUACAGAAGUGGCCAGAGCCUCCUGGCGAACUUCCCCGUGCAGGCCACGUUAUCGUUCUACGACUCCAAGAGCGACGACGAGGACGAGGACGAGGACGAUGACGACGAUGAGAACGAAGAUGAUGCUUACGCCCGCCAGGGAGAUUACCGCGAUCGGCGCGACGAUGCUGACGACGCCGACGAUGGCGCUGGUGACGACGGUCGCGCUGGUGUUGGUAGUGGCAGUGCCAAUUGUGAAUUCGGAGCAAGUUCAAACAGAGGAUCGACUAAUAUUCAACAACCUGGACGACGACAACAACAACAACAACAAUAACAGCGGCGAUCGUUUUUAACGACCUCGAUCUCAAGCUACUUUUUCGAGGUCCAUCCCUCGGUCGGGAUAUCCUCGAUCAAUUUCGCGACCGCACACCGUCACAGCCUCGGUCGACGCGCUGCCGGACGAACGCCUCCCCGCCACCUCCCCAAGGCGCCGUCUCGCCAUCGU